AUGACGAGUGAUGAUCAGUUCUUUUUCGACUACCUUGCGUCGAUACCCCAUGACGUAAGGCGGUAUUCCCUGGAGGUCGCUGACUCGAUCGACCGCUCAGUCGACCACGCCGCGAGCGCGAUCAAGGACACACUGGCGCAGCAGUCAUGGCUACCUUCUACUAUUCGUCCGGCUCGUCUCAGCACGAGAGGUCGGCCGCAAGGCCUGACGAAUCGAUUGCAAAACUGGAUUGCUAGGAAUCGAGCAUGGACGGCGGCAAUGCUUGCAUUUGUCGGAACAGGCGUUGUCUUGUACUAUGGAAGCAAGAAGCUGCAUGGAAAGCGCAGAAAAGCUAGAAGGGCGAGCAACGGUGGAAGAAAAGAGAUUGUGGUUGUUGCCGGAUCACCCCACGAGCCGAUGACCAGAGCUAUUGCGACGGAUUUGGAACGCCGAGGAUACAUUGUAUAUGUGACUGUGUCUUGCGCCGAUGAAGAGCAUAUCGUCAAGUCCGAAAACCGGGUCGACAUCAAGGCUCUUUGGUUGGACCUCACAACUACUGCCUCUUCACCCUCCGACAUUCACCCCUCAUUGCAAGAAAUUCGCUCCCUCAUCACCCAACCACAGUCUCCUGUCGCCGGCGUGGCCCCGCACACCUGUCAACUGAGCGGCGUGAUCGUGGUCCCAUCACCAAACUACAGCGCAGGCCCAGUCGCAACAAUCCCACCAUCCUCAUGGGCUGACACAGUCAACACCCGCAUACUCUCACCUAUCCUCACAGCACAAGUCUUUCUUCCCCUCCUAACUCUCCGCAACAACAGCAGCACCCUCGUCUUCGCCUACCCCUCAAUCUCAUCAUCCCUCUCCGCGCCCUUCGCCGGACCAGAAGUAGCCACCACGCGGGCAAUUUCAGGCUUCGCAGAUUCUCUCCGACAAGAGCUCCGUCUCCUCGAGCACGGCAACGUGAACGUGGUCGAGCUGCGCCUCGGCAACAUCGACUUGGGCGCUACAUACCGCACCGGCCAGAGUCAAAUUGCAGGUACAGAGGUUCUCGCCUGGAGCACUCAGCAGCGAGCCCUAUACGCCUCCCAGUAUCUCAACAGCGUUGAGCAGCGUCCCGUUGCCUCUGCGGGUCCCGGCACAGUGCGCGGCUCGCCGGCGCGCAAGCUCCACUAUGCUAUUUUGGAUGCGCUGGAGCCUAAUUCGCGGGACAUGUUCGGCCGGAAGACCUCGAAGAAGUCUGUCAUGUACGUGGGCCGAGGUGCUCGCUCGUACAGCUUGAUUGGUGCUUGGGUACCUAGUGGACUCGUGGCACUGAUGAUGGGUUACCGCAGUGGGAACGGGAAUGCUUCUGACACUCUGAGUGGCAGUGGUAGUGGCAGUGAAACUAACUGA